CUUACGCCCUUUGACCGGCCAUGUGACAAUGACUAAGACAACCGCUAAAUAAAUAAUAAGCAUUCAACUUGUACAACAAUCGACGUUCGUCGAUAAAGACACUUUCCUGCAGUGAACGGGACACGCUUUAUCAGUGUUCUCUGCCAAAUAAGGGCACAAACCUCCAUUUUAUUGGAGUCAUUAUCAUCGGAAUCAGCCGUUUUCUCUGAUGGUGGAACCUCGUUCGUUAGCCGAGUCUUUCUGAGAGAAGUCGCUGAAGGAGGAGGUUGUCGCGCGUCCGGGAGUCGUGUAUGUGAACCUCUUGCUUUUUUCCGGUGUCGAACUUCUCGAAUUGAUCACCAUGGCUGCGAACCUGGAAUACUACAAGGAACAGGCGGUGAAAAUCCUCUACCAGAAGAACAAGGUGACUGAGAUCUUGGCCCAGAUUGAGGCGAAGACACAGGUCAAGAGAGAAUACAUCGGUUUAGGUGGUGUUGUUCUACUUAGCUUGUAUCUUGUCUUUGGGUAUGGUGCUCAGCUGAUUUGCAACUGCAUUGGAUUUAUCUAUCCAGCCUACUGCAGCAUUAAGGCCAUUGAAACCCCAAAAAAAGAAGAUGACACCAAUUGGCUCACAUACUGGGUAGUGUUUGCUCUCUUCUCUGUCUGCGAGUUCUUCUCUGACCUAUUGCUCUCUUGGUUCCCCUUCUACUGGUUGGCCAAGUGCAUGUUCCUCGUCUGGUGCUUCCUUCCCAUGUCAUGGAAUGGGUCUAACGUGAUCUACAACCGCAUUGUCCGUCCAGUCUUCAUUAAACAUCAAAAAGAGAUUGAUACUGUCAUGGGCAAGGUAGCUGACAAAGUUAAUGAGCUUGCAGAUACUGCCACUAAAGUUGCUGCAGAUGCUGUCAAGAGUGAUUAAAGAAGACCAAAAGGAAACACAGAGUAGGGGGCUAUUUAGCUGUAGACUAGUUAAUUAGGAUAUUGCUUGUUAUAAAGUCAUGCUGUUGAAGGAAUAUUUUAUGUAUAUAUUUGACUAUUUGCUUAAAAUUUUUAUGCAUGUGCAAGACUAACUAUGUACUGUAGUCUAGUCAAUUUUCAAGUAUUACAUCUAGUAAAUUUUCAUUUUUAUAUUUAUAAGAGAACAUGAGAUUUAAGGAAUCCUAAUAGUUUGUUCCUCUACUUGAAAGAAAUUGAAGUUAUUUUUUCUUGUGAUAUUUCUGUUUGAGCUAGGAAUGUGAUUGCUGGGGCUUUGGUAGCACAAGUAUUUGCAACAAAGACAGAGCUAGAAGAGAUCCAAAUAUUUCUUUGUUUUUAUAAAGCCAUUUGAUGUAUACUUCAUAAGAAUAAAACUCCCUUUUUUUUC